UAAGUACCUGGGCCUUUAAAACUGGCAGGGCAGGGCAGGCUGGCACCGCCUGAGCAGCCGUCUGGACUGCUAGCAGCUCUGCAAUUGCACCCUGCUUUUUGUUUUCUUCCUUCAGACACUUUGUAAAAAGAAUUUUCCUUUAAAAGUAAAGAGAAAUUAGUAUCAGAAUAUCCUAGGUCUGAGUAUCAGGCUUAGUCAUCCGUGGAGUUCUUUUGUUCAUUACUCAGUCCCAAAGCGGACUCUGGGACUCACCCCACCAACAGAGCAGAUCUCUUCUGGCUAGUGCUGUCUCCAGUGAUUGCACCUAGGACUGGCUUUCAGGAUGCGAUGCACAGGAGGGCUAGUGGGGGUGCUGUUCACUCUGGCCAGCCUGCUGCAGUUGGCUGUGGCUCUGAGAAUUGCAGCCUUCAACAUCCGGACUUUCGGGGAGACUAAGAUGUCCAAUGCCACCAUCUCCAAAUACAUUGUGAAAAUCCUGAGUCGCUAUGACAUCGCUGUUGUCCAAGAGGUCAGAGACACCCACCUGGUGGCCGUUGGGAAGCUACUGGAUGAACUCAAUCGGGACAAACCUGAUACCUAUCGCUAUGUGGUCAGUGAGCCGCUGGGUCGCAACAGCUACAAGGAACAGUACCUUUUCUUGUACAGGCCUGACCAGGUGUCUGUUCAGGACAGCUAUUACUACGAUGAUGGCUGUGAGCCCUGUGGGAAUGACACCUUCAGCCGAGAGCCGGCAAUUGUCAAGUUCUUCUCCCCAUUCACUGAGGUCAGGGAGUUUGCAAUCGUGCCCCUGCAUGCAGCCCCAACAGACGCUGUGACUGAGAUUGAUGCCCUCUAUGAUGUUUACCUGGAUGUCCGACAAAAGUGGCACCUGGAGGACGUCAUGUUUAUGGGAGAUUUCAAUGCUGGCUGCAGCUACGUCAGUUCCUCCGAAUGGUCUUCUAUCCGCCUCCGGACAAGCUCUAUCUUUCAGUGGCUGAUCCCUGACAGUGUGGACACUACUGUCACAUCCACACACUGUGCCUAUGACAGGAUCGUGGUUGCUGGAGCUCUGCUCCAGAGAGCUGUUGUUCCCAACUCUGUUGGUCCCUUCGACUUCCAAGCAGCAUACAGCCUUACCAAGCAGCUGGCUGAAGCCAUCAGUGACCAUUACCCAGUGGAGGUGACACUCAAGUAAACACGAUGCCAUCAAGCAGCGCAGCCAAGUGCUCCUGGUGAGGAAGGUUCCAACUGUGCCACCAGACACAUGUGGCGCUGCAGCCCUCAUCAUCCCGGGACAGACAGAACAACUACCUGUGCACUAAGAAAUCCGGUUUAAUGAGGUAAAUAAAGCUGAGCUCAAUCAGCUGUGGCACCA